CACAUACAACAUACCAAUCUGUGUGUGGAUCCUUGAGACGCACCCACACAACCCCCCUCUAUGCUUUGUGCGGCCCACCAGUACCAUGCUUAUCAAGCCCUCUAAGCAUGUAGAUGCCAACGGAAGGGUCUACCUGCCCUAUCUACAUGAUUGGAAACCAAACAACUCCGAUCUUGUUGGGCUGAUCCAGGUCAUGACAGUCGUCUUCGGAGAGAGCUCUCCCGUCUAUGCCAAAUCAGCAGGGCAACCGCCGCCCCGCCCCUCCUACACCCCACAAGGAGGUGGGAUGCCCCAGCACCCCAGUUACCCACAACCGCAGCAAUCCUCUUUUAUGCCGAUGCCGAUCCGGCCCCAGCCAAUGCUUCCAGCAGCUACUCCCAGCCCCAGCCCCAGUACCCCCCUUCCACCAACUACCAGCCCCCUGCUGUAGGUGGUAGUGGGUACACCCCUGGCUACCAGGGCUCGUCAGGUUACCCCUACCCAUACCAGCCAGGCCAGUCUACUCCAAGCCAGCAGACGCAGAGCCAGCCGUCUUACAGCCCUGCCGCAAUGGCUACAGCUAGCACUGCAGGUUCACAUCCACCAGUUAGUAGUCAAAGUAGUUUAUCAGACGAUGCUAG